AUGGAAGAUAUUGCUAUCAUCGGUAUGGCUUGUCGCUUCCCCGGCGAAGCUACGUCGCCCGAGAGGUUGUGGCAGAUGAUGGUCGAUAAGAAAUCAGCUUGGUCUGAAUUUCCCAAGGAUCGUCUGAACAUUAACGGGUAUUAUCAUCCGAGUGGCGAUCGCCAGGGCAGCAUAUCGUUCAGAGGUGCCCAUUUCAUUCAAGAAGAUGUGACUGCUUUCGAUGCAUCAUUCUUCUCCGUCAUGUCCGAGGAUGCGAAGGCCAUUGACCCUCAGCAGCGCUUCCUCCUCGAAGUAUCCUAUGAAGCACUUGAAAAUGCUGGGCUUCGCAUUGAGGACCUCAAAGGCAGUCCAACAGCUGUCUAUGUUGGCUCAUUUGUCAAAGAUUACGAACAAAUUUGUCUCCGUGACAUGGACUGGCAGCCUCAGUAUGCUGCAACGGGCACUGGCAACGCCAUCAUGGCCAACCGGAUUUCGUACACUUACGACUUCAAGGGGCCAAGCAUGACAGUAGACACCGGCUGCAGUGGAAGCCUUGUGGCGGUUCAUUUGGCUGCACAAGCCCUCCGGACGGGUGAUUGUGAUUUGGCUCUUGCUGCUGGUGCCGGCCUGAUUUUGACCCCUAACACUAUGAUGCCCAUGACAGCCUUAAACUUUCUUAGCCCAGAUGGAAAAUGCUUUGCAUUUGAUUCUCGCGCCAAUGGCUACGGACGCGGUGAGGGCGUUGGCUUUGUUGUGUUAAAGAAGUUAUCACACGCUCUGAGGGACAACGAUACGAUUCGAGCUGUCAUACGUGGCACUCAUGUGAAUCAGGAUGGUUUGACUACAGGUAUUACCCUCCCAAGCAAGGAAGCCCAAGUCGCCAACAUUCGCAGUUUAUACUCUAAGUACGACUUAGACAUGCAACAAACUGCAUUCGUCGAGUGCCAUGGCACUGGAACCCAAGCUGGUGAUUUCAGAGAGCUAAAGGCCAUCUCAGAGACUCUUGGUGCCGAUAGAAAGAUUGAAAACCCUAUCUUUGUCGGCUCCUUGAAAACAAAUAUUGGCCAUUUGGAGGGAGCUGCUGGUGUUGCCGGACUAAUCAAAGGCGUCCUUCUGGCCGAGAAGGGCAAAAUUCCGCCUAACAUCAACUAUGAACAAGGGAACCCAAACAUAGACUUCGAAAACUGGAAAGUCAAAGUGCCCACAGACCUUAUCGACUGGCCUGUCGAGGGUCUCCGCAGAAUCAGUGUCAAUUGCUUUGGCUUCGGUGGCACAAACGCUCACGCAGUACUCGACGAGCCUGCUCUCUACUUUGCUUCACGCGGUAUUGUGGGCAACCAUAACUCUGCUAUACACAACUCUGCAAAACAGAAAGUUCCCGCGCCUGAAGCCAAAUUACGACCUCAGCUUUUCGUUUUCUCUGCCAAUGAACGCAAAGGGGUUACUCGCGUGAUGAGGAUGCACGGCAAGCAUAUCAAACACCUCAUGAAUCUCGGUCAAAAUGAAGCUGACAACUACUCUUAUACCCUGGCAUGCCGUCGCUCUGCUUUAGAGUGGAAGAGUUUUGUUGUGGCAGCUGACACAUCCGACUUCAUUACAAAGCUGGAGGCCAAGGAUGACACCAGUGUCCGCGCCUACCGGUCAGCUCGUGAAAGCAACUUGAAAAUUUCUUUCCUCUUCUGCGGUCAGGGCGCACAAUGGGCCCAAAUGGGCAAGGAGCUUAUGUGCUUCGGCACUUUUCAAGCUAGCCUUGAGGCUGCAGCCAAACAUAUCAAGACCUUAGGAGGGAAUUUUGAUCUGAUUGAAGAGAUCAUGAUGGAUGAAGACAAGUCCCGAAUUAGUGAUCCUAGAAUCUCACAACCAGCAACAACUGCAGUCCAAGUGGCACUUGUCGAUCUGCUACGCUCUUUCAACAUUGUCCCCAGUAGCGUUGUUGGCCAUUCCUCAGGAGAAAUUGCUGCUGCAUACGCUUCUUCUUCCAUUGGCUUUGAAGCCGCAUGUGCACUCGCCUACCACCGAGGCAGCUGUGCCUAUCUUUUAAACUCUAUUGCACCUUACCUUGAGGGGAGGAUGUGUGCAGUGAGGUUGUCUUUCCAGCAAGCACAACAGUAUCUUGGGCAUACUGUUAGGCACAAAGACCUCGAGAUUGCCUGUAUCAACAGUCCUACGUCAGUGACAAUUUCUGGCGGCUCGAAGGACAUUUUGUGGAUGAGAAAUGACUUGAAGAUGCGCCAAAUUCCCUGCAAAAUACUGGACGUCGACAUUGCCUAUCAUUCCCGCCACAUGAAGCUGAUAGAAGAAACAUACAAGGACUGUAUCAAGGAUAUUGGUCCAGUCAAUUCUCCCUCGAAUGUGGACUUCUUCUCCUCAGUCUUUGGCACCCUUAUUCCUGGUUGCCGUCUCGAUUCGUCUUACUGGGUGAAGAACCUGGUCUCGCCAGUGCAAUUCGUCGAAUCAGUCAAGGGUUUGAUGGCGUCCGACGACCGACCAGACUUACUCAUUGAUUUGAGCCCUCAUGCCACUCUAGGGUCGGCCGUAUCAGAAAUCAUCUCUGAGCACUGCUCUAACUUUCAACUACAUUAUGUGUCGCUCAUGAAACGUAAACAAGACGCUGCCGUUACGACCCUCGAGGCCAUCGGCGAAAUUUGGGCCCGAGGAUAUCCUGUAGAUAUGUUUGCAAUCAUUUCCAAAGGCAACGACACUGGGGUCUACAAAACGCUCGUUGACCUGCCUUCAUAUCCUUGGAACCACUCCAAGAGUUUUUGGCACGAAUCCCGCACCUGUACUGAGCAUCGUUUCCGGAAAUUUGCUCGCCAAGACUUGAUUGGAGCUCGUUUGCCUGAUGUCACGACUUUUGAACCCUGCUGGAGAGGCUUCUUUCGCAUCUCCGAGAAUCCCUGGGUUCAAGACCACCGUGUACAAAAGACCAUUGUAUAUCCAGCUUCGGGCAUGGUGACUAUGGCUCUGCAAGCCGCCAGUCAACUAUCUCAGGAUAUGCUUGAUGUGAUUGGUUUUGAAGUAAAUAACCUACGAAUCGAGAGAGCAAUGAUCAUCCCUUCUAAUAAUUAUGGACUCGAAUAUUCUCUCAGCCUGCGGCAAGUUAGGUCGAAGUCGGAUUUCGAGCCUGAGUGGAACUUGACCAUAUACUCGAGAGAAGAAAAUGGCGCCUGGGUCCACCAUGCCGAUGGAAGCGUCAAGAUUCGUCAAGCCACGAUGCCGUCCGCUGCGUCUAUGGGCAGAUACAGGGAGAAGUACUUCAAGGUUCAAGAACUUUGCGAUAAGCCACUCCCACCUCGCCAGCUGUAUGAGACUCUAGACACCGUCGGACUCAAUUAUGGACCCUGUUUUCAGAAUAUCGCAUAUAUCGCAACAUAUGGCAACUCUUGCAUUAGCAAGGUCCGAGUUCCGGAUACGAAGUCCAAGAUGCCUGCCAACUUCGAAUACCCCCACAUCAUUCAUCCUGCGACCCUAGACUCGAUGUUCCAAACGCUAUUUGCCAUUGACAAAAAACCCAUGGUACCCUCUCAUAUCGAGAGCAUUUUCGUCUCCGCGGACAUCUCGCACGAUAUCGGCCACGAAUUCACGGGAUGUGCAACGGCCGAGAUGAUCGGUCUCCGCGAGGCCACUGGUUCCAUUGCCAUGGUGUCUGAUGCACAUGACUGGGCAUAUCCCUCUGUCUUGGUUGAAGGUCUUCAUUUCAAGGCUCUUUCUACCCCUCCCAUAGAAAACGGUGGCUUCAUCCCCAAUUACCGCAACCUCUGCUCCACCGUCGUCUGGAAAGAGAAUUAUGCAACAUCCACAACAGGAGACUUCAGUCAGAUGCUGAAUCUUAUGGCUCAUAAACGCCCUUCUCUCGCUGUCCUUCAAUGCGGUGGCAAUGAAUACUUGGCUAAGCAUGCUUUGGAGGCGCUCUCUGAAGGCGGUACCCCGCGGAUAUCUCGCUAUACCCUUACCGACAAAUCAACUCAUUCUGUUUUGCAGAAAUGGUUUGAGAAGUCGAAAGUGGCUAACCUACUUGAGCAGCGUGAUCUUUCUGCCAGUAAGGACAACUUCCCUCAUUUCGACUUGGUCAUCAUCUUCAAGGAUCUUGAUGUGAGCCCCAGGGAGGUAUCUCAGCUUCUUCUUCCAGAAGGCCUGCUUCUGAACGAGGUCUCGAAGGCGGCAUCCAAUAGAAAUGUGGAGUUCUCUGUUGGAAACUCGCAUUCAUUAGAGUACCAUCAUUCAGUUCAAGCCUCGUACGAGUUGAGGUAUGGCGAUGAUGUGGGUCACUGGAUUUUCGAACAAGAGUUUGAUGCAUACUUUCUUGCUGGCGACGUCCGCCCUGUUCCGGCUCUCGAAUUUCUCAUCAUCUUUCCAGACAGGGCGACGCCAACCAUUCACUGUCUUGUUAACAAUAUUAUCAGGUUCUUCUCAGACAAAGGCUUUCUAGUGAGCACAAGCACUUUGUCUGAUGCUCAGCCUCUUGGCAAGACAUGUAUUUCCCUUCUUGAGGUUUGCGACAACUUCGUCUAUAAUUGGAGUGAAUCACAGUUCCAGGAGUUUCAUAAUCUACAGAACUCUGCAAAGAGCGUUAUCUGGGUUACUCGAGGUGCCAAUCGGCGUACUACAGAUCCGAGAAACGCUCCCAUUAUCGCGUUGGCCCGAACCAUUAUGUCCGAGGACCCUCAGAAGAUUAUUGCCACUCUUGACCUGGACGAAAACACAUCCGUCACUUCACCCGCGCUGCCGAAUAUUAUUUUAGGUAUUGCGAAAUCGAUACUUACCGGAUGUCUAGAGACAGAAUACGCUGAGGAAGGCGGGAAACUCUACAUUCCUCGCCUGACGCCUCUGAAGGAGUUGAACGAGUUGAUCGAGAACGACUCGCGUGUCCAGCUUGUCCAGGAGCAAAUAUUCAACUCUCUUUGUCCUAAAAGCUCUUAUGAACUGGUCAUCUCCAAGCCAGGCCUGUCGAACGACAACUUCCAUUUUAUGGAGAAUUCCUUCGCAUCACAGCUCGGCCAAUACGAGGUUGAAGUCAGAACACUGAGUGCCGCAUUGUACAACGAAGACCUCCAAACAGCGAUGGGCCACACUGCUGAAGACACACUUGGUCUUGAUGUAUUUGGAGUCAUCUCCAAAGUCGGAUCUAAAGUGAGGGAUUUACGCUGUGGCGAUCAAGUUCUGGCCAUCGUUUCUGGUGCUUUCAAAUCGCUCCAUCGGGUUGACUAUCGUCUUGUUAAGUCUGCACCACCACCCAUCGACUGCUGCCAGUACACUCCGAGUGUCUUUAUUGCUGCAUAUUAUGCAUUAUUUACCAUCGGCCGCCUUUCACCUGUGAAAAAGAUACUCGUCCAUGCAGGAGCAAGCGCAGCAGGCCAAGCUGCUCUUCGGAUCACAAGCUUCAUUGGAGCCGAAGUUUUUGCUACGGUACUUGGUGACAAUUCAGGCGCCCAGAGGAAGACUCUUCAGGAGAUUCACGGUCUCGCGGAUGAUCAUAUUCUCAAUGCGGAUUCUGAGUCGUUCGUUUCUGCAAUCCUGGCAUCAGGCAAAGUGGACAUCGUCUACAACCCUACCCAAGAACACAUAACACCGAAUUUCAAAUGCGUCAAAGCCUCUGGCUGUAUUGUUCAGGUCGCGAGCAGAGUGGGCACAGCCACACAUGUGCCCGUUGCCGCCACUGCCUUCAUUCAGCUUGACAUUGGUUUGCUUUUGAGGGAGGAUCCAGAACUUAUCAUUAAUAUCUUCCACAAAGUCGACGAGCUUGUGUGGAAAUAUCUCGCGAGGUACUCAAGCCUCCAAUGCAAGCCAAUUCGCCGCUUCCCAAUGUCCGACUUUGAGGGUGCUCUCAAGCAAAUCGAGAAAGAGCCUUACAAUGGUCUAACAAUCAUGGAAGCGAAGUGUGAAAGCAGUGUACGGGUGGCUAAAGAGAUUCAAAUCAAGCCUCUUGCAGCUUCCGUGGACCCCGAAGGUACCUACCUUCUGGCGGGAGGUCUCGGCGGCUUGGGAAGGAGCAUUGCAAAGCUUCUUGCCGAUAAUGGCGUAAAGAAGUUAGUGUUUUUGUCACGGUCCGGUGGUACCAAUGUUGCCAAAUCUUUCCUACAGAGCCUGCGAGGAGUCGAAGUUCGUACAAUUUCAGUGGAUAUCACGGAUCGCCAAGCCCUUCAAACCCUCAAACUGGGGAAGAUUUCUGGGGUUGUUCAAUGUGCCGCUGUGAUCAAGGUAAAUAAUCUCUGUUAUCCUUGUACUUGUCCGGAAAAGCUUUUCUGUUUAUUCAUAAUCGCCGCUAACGAUAACCGCAGGACGCCAUUUUCGAGAAGAUGGCGCAUGCCGACUGGACAACCGCUUUUGGGCCCAAAGCAGUGGGUGCUUUUAAUCUCGUAUGCCGUCUUCGGCUCCGGUCACCUAUCGUCUCCUCCCUGGUUUCUGUUUCUUUCCAGUGCCUCAGGAAUAAUCGGAAACCGUAGCCAAGGAAAUUACGCGGCCGCCAACGCUGUACAAGAUGCUCUCGCCAAAAGUGGUCGUAUAACGGCCUGUUCCCUUGAUCUCGGCCCUGUUCUCGAGGCGGGCAUGCUGGUGGGAGAUGAAAAGACGCUGGGGAAACUCCGCGGGGCAGGAUUUUACGGAAUCCGCCAACAAGACUUUCUCAAGAUGGUGGAAUGGGCUAUCACUGGCGAAAUCGUGCCAGGCGUUUCUACCCCGGCCCAAAUAGUAUCGGGCGUAGGCACCGGUGGCCUUAUCCACCAGAACAACCCUGGAGACCCCUUCUGGUCUCGCACGCCUAUGUAUUCAUACAUGAAUACCGUAGACAUGGUGUUGAAGGUAUCGGACGACGAUUCCAAGAGCACUGCCAAGAAUGAUGUCAAGGAGAUGCUGGCUGCCUGUUGUGGGCGUGAUGAGGCCGAGACCAUCAUCUGUACUGGUCUUGUCCAACUCAUGGCGAAAGCUAUGAGUCUCCUCCCGGAAGAGAUUGACCCGGAGCGGGCACCUAGUGCCUAUGGUGUCGACUCCCUUGUUGCAGUUAGCGUGCGAAACUAG